AGAACCCAUUUUUUUAAUCUUCUCUCUUACCUAUCAAACUGAAGAAACUGAAAGAAAAAGAGUUGGUAGAGAGAAAACAGUAUAGGGAUUAGCAUUUAGAACUCUUCUUUGCUUUAUCAAGAACAAAGAAUCAAAGCAAAAGCUUAGUUGAUUCACUCAAAAAAGGUAAGCCCUUUAAUUUUCUGACACAGAAUGUAUAUUCCCUUUUUUAUUUCAAGAAUCACUAUGAUAUAGAAGGGGUAUAACAAAUUAGAGAUGCCCAUUUAUAUAUAUUUGAGAAAUGACGAGAAUUUUCGAAGUUAAAUGAAGGUUGAGCAAGAAUGGUGAACCAACAGGACAGAGUGGUUUUGUUUUGUUUUGUGUUUUUCUUGCUGUUUGACUCUACAUUUCAGCAGAGGGUUAGUUCUUCAGCUGAGAAAUUUGCUUUGCUUCAACUGAGAUCUUCUUUAGGGUUAAGAGCCAAAGAAUGGCCUAUAAAGGGCAACCCUUGUUUCAACUGGGCUGGGAUUCGUUGCAAGAAUGGUCGAGUUACUGAGAUCAACAUAUCUGGUUUUAAACGUACUCGAGCUGGGGGUCAAACCCCUCAAUUCUCAGUUGAUGCUCUCCAAAAUUUGACUCUUUUGGAAUCUUUUAACGCUUCCAAUUUUGUACUUCCUGGUUCUAUUCCUGAAUGGUUUGGUCUUAGGCUUGUGUCUCUUCGGGUACUUGAUCUCAGGUCAUGUUUCCUCAUUGGUCCUAUUCCUCCAUCCCUUGGCAAUUUGACUAGUUUAGUUACUCUCAAUUUGUCCAACAAUGGUCUCACUGGACAAGUGCCUCGAAGUUUGGGUCAAUUGUCACGCCUAUCAAGUCUUGAUCUUUCACAUAAUAAGCUUCUUGGGGUUAUUCCUGAUACAUUUGUUUCUCUGAAGAACCUUACCUUGCUUGAUAUGUCUUCAAAUUUCUUCAAUGGGGCUAUUCCUUCAGAUAUUGGGACUUUGCUUCAGUUGAAAUCCUUGAAUCUGUCUGACAACAGCUUUUCUACUUCGAUACCCACCCAACUCGGUAACCUUUCUAAUUUGGUUGAUCUUAACCUCAGCUUCAAUAGUCUAAGUGGAGUGGUCCCUGAAUUAGGAGGAUUACGGAACUUGAAGAGUAUGGCAGUUGGGAAUAAUAAGCUGUCUGGAUCGUUGUCUAAUGUUUUGUGGUCGAUGCCUGGGUUGCAAUUCCUAGAUGUCUCUGCGAAUAACCUCACUGGUAUUCUGCCAAAUGUUAGCUCUGCUGUCAAUGCCACUGGUGCAGUGUUUAAUCUUUCUCAUAAUAUGUUUUAUGGAAAUUUGCCGUCCUUAAACAGAAGCUUCAGUUUUCUAGAUCUAUCAGGAAACUAUUUUGAAGGCAAACUCCCAGAUUAUGCACAACGUAACGUGUCAAUUAGUAGCAAUUGCCUCCAAAAUGCGACAAGUCAAAGGAAUAGGAGCGAAUGUGCUUCUUUUUAUAGCGGGCGUGGCUUGUUGUUUGAUAAUUUUGGAGAGCCAAAUGCCACAGAGCCUCUUCCAACUUCCAAAUCCAACAGAAAGAGUCACAGAAAUAAAAUCAUAUUGGCGGCUGUUCUGGGUAGCGUUGGAUUACUUGCAAUUGUCUUUAUCUGUAUAUUUCUGCUGAUUUUUUGCACCCGCAAACGUGGUGCCACGAAUCAAAGAGCCACUGAGGUUGGGCCUGGUCCUGCCAGUUCAAGUCCACCACCUCCUGCACCUGGAGUAUCAUUGAAUUUUUCAAGUUUAGGAGAUGCAUUUACCUACCAGCAGAUUCUUCAAGCCACAGGUGAGUUCAAUGAUGCAAAUCUUAUGAAGCAUGGUCAUUCAGGUGAUCUCUUCCGUGGCACCCUAGAAGGCGGGACACUUAUAGUUGUCAAAAGAAUAGAUGUGCAGUCUGCAAGGAAUGAAGCAUACUUGUCAGAAUUGGACUUCUUCAGCAAGGUUUCUCACUCCAGAUUAGUACCUUUUAUGGGGCACUGUUUGGAGAAUGAGAAUGAGAAGUUCGUGGUGUACAAGUAUAUGCCAAAUGGAGAUCUUUCCAGUUCUUUGUUUAGAAAAAACAAUUCAGAUGAUGAUAGUUUGCAGUCAUUGGAUUGGAUAACAAGACUGAAAAUUGCUAUUGGAGCUGCUGAGGGUUUGUCUUAUCUACAUCAUGAAUGUAACCCGCCUCUAGUGCACAGAGAUGUUCAAGCAAGCAGCAUACUUCUUGAUGAUAAGUUCGAAGUACGGCUAGGGAGUCUAAAUGAGGCCUGUGCACAAGAAGGAGAGAGCCAUCAAAACCGAAUUUCCAGGCUGCUUAGAUUUCCACAGACGUCGGAACAAGGUGCAUCAGGUACACCUAGUGCCACUUGUGCGUAUGAUGUCUACUGUUUUGGAAAGGUUUUGCUCGAGCUAGUAACUGGCAAGCUAGGUAUCAGUGCAUCCAAUGACGCCAGCAUGAAAGAGUGGUUGGAUGGUACGCUUAAGUACAUUAGUAUAUAUGAUAAAGAACUUGUCACAAACAUUGUGGAUCCUUCCUUAAUCAUAGACGAAGAUUUAUUAGAGGAAGUAUGGGCGAUGGCUAUUGUUGCCAGAUCCUGCCUCAAUCCCAAACCGUCAAGGAGACCCUUAAUGAGAUACAUCCUUAAAGCUUUGGAAAACCCUUUGAAGGUAGUUAGGGAAGAACACACUAGCUCAGCAAGACUUAGAGCAACUUCAUCGAGAAGUUCAUGGAACGCUGCACUGUUUGGCAGCUGGCGUAGCUCCUCAGAUGUAGCAGCCGUACCUGCUGCAGCUUCAGCACAUAAGUUGGAAGGAACAAGUAGUUUGAAGCAAUCCGGAACAACAGGCUCUCAAGGAAGUGGUCCUAAUGGGGACAACAACGGUCAUUCUUCAUCAACUAGACGACAGUCCAAAGAGAUUUUCCCCGAGCCAUUGGAGGAGCACGAUGUAGAGAGAGGACCACAGGCGGAGUAAAAGGGAGGGUGAUUGUCAUUAAUUCUUUGUUAAUAAUGCAGCAGGAUCUGCAUUAAGGUUGCAUUUUUGUUUGGGGACACCUUGUACAUUCUCCGUUUCCGGAAUGCUUGAGUUUGCAAGCCAUUAUCUUGCCCUGAUCUUGAAAAUGGAGAUGCAUAGUU